AUGAGCGUCGUCACCGAGCCGCGAGGCUUCAUCGACUUUUACAACAAACCGGGGUCCUCGAACGGAGCCAAGAUCGCAAUUAUCCUCAACGAGCUUGGCCUCACCUAUCGCUACCACGAAAUCCACACCCCAGUCUCUCCCCUCGACAAAGACACCUACCACUCCCUCAGCCCCAACGGCCACUUCCCCGUGCUCACCGACAUCCACCCUGACGGCUUCAAAGUCUCUUUGAACCAGACCGGCGCUAUUGCGCAGUAUCUAGUCAGCGAAUACGAUCAGAUAGACAAUGCAAUCUCGUUUCCUCGCCGGUCACCGGAAGAGAUUGAAGCUAUGAAUUGGUUCUUUUUUGGCGCAUCGAGGGUUGCGCCGGCCCAUGGGGAGGCGGUGCAUUAUACCAAAAAAGAAGAGGGCCCGGGAAGUGAGGCGUAUAGCGUUGGUCGGUUCAGGAGUAGCACGACGGGUCUAUUUUUUGCGUUGGAGCAGAGGUUGAAGGAGACCGGGGAUUAUCUUGUGGGGCAUAAAUUCUCAAUUGCAGAUAUUGCGCAAAUACCGUUUGUGGUUGCUGCUGAAGAGGCUGGGAUCGGUAUUGAGAUAUUUCCGAAUCUGACAGCGUGGUAUAACAGGGUAUUAUCGCGGGCUGGUGUGAAAAAGGGACUUACAGUUGCUGGGAUUGAGUUUUUGGCAUAA